CAAACGCUCUCAUGCGCCUUGGCUCCCCCUCUCCUCGGCUCUCGUUGCGGGACUCAAGCCUGGUGACAAAAGCCACCUAGGUUUUGAUCUCGAAUGCUCUGAUGUGGGCAACGGCGAGAUCCCACUGUAAUUUCUACCGGAUUCACCUAUUGUGUUUCAUCAUUCUUCCGAUUAUUUUUGCAGGCAUAUUUGUCGCAUCCAAUGGCAGAUUUACGACCGUAUAUAUCGAUGCCCUUUUCGUUUGUGUCAGCGCCGCAACAGGGACGGGACUGUCCACCAUCGACUUGAGCUCUUUAACUGCGUGGCAGCAGACUAUACUCGUCAUUUUAGAAAUUGCUGGAAAUCAGGUUUUCGUUUGCUGGAUUGUUGUCUUUAUUCGAAGAUAUUAUUUUCGGAAACAUCUUGAUCACGUCGUUAGCGUUGAACAGGAAUUGCGACGACCAUGGGCGCACCGUGAUCCCCAGCACAGCUCCCAUUUACUCCGUGAACUUAGCAGGCACACACGGCUAACUCCAGGCCUACCCCGCAAUGAGGAGCUGAAAACUCUCGAGCGCAAGAACUUGGAUCAAUCAGCGGAGGGGCGGAUACGCCCAGAUAUGGUUCGCCGCGUCGACAUCGCACUGCGGCCCGUAGACCCCAUGGGCGUCCCCACGCGACCAGUCACCCCCGACUCGACGAUCACUCGUAGACGCGCGACUUUGAACGACAUGCGUGGUGAUGACUUGGGAGAAGUAUAUCCCUCUUCCGAUGUGGGAUUCGGUGGUUUCCCCGGCCCCAGGGAGGUCUUCACUCGGACGUCACAGCGGCUCUUCCCCAGGUUGCAUCGUCGAUUCCAGAAUACUCUCACAAUGCCCCGCACCUCAACGUUCAUACCCCAGGAUGCACAUGGAAUUGAUUCUCAGCACAUCGCCUCCUCUAUUCGUCCAGUCCCGUAUUUAUCUUUUCAGGUGGACGUGGGCAAGAACUCAACAUUCAAGGACCUGAGCGAGGAGGAGAUGUUGGAGUUAGGAGGCGUCGAAUAUAGUGCGUUAAAUGCGCUAAUGUGGAUAGUACCUUUGUACUACUUUGGUCUCCUGGCGAUCGCUAUCAUUAUCAUUACACCCUAUAUGGCUCUGGCCAGCCAAUACAAGGAUGUCUUCUUGCCUCCGAUGCAACACCGCAAGAUCUCGCCAAUCUGGUUCUCCAUCUUCCAGGUUGUUGGCGCAUGGGCAAACACAGGCAUGUCCUUGGUCGAUCAGAACAUGAUACCUUUCAAGAUGGCCUAUCCCCUUAUUUUUGUUCUAUUCUUCUGUGUACUCGCUGGUAAUACUGCAUACCCUGUUUUUCUUCGGCUUAUGAUCUGGUCUCUCUACAAGCUAUUCCCCAAAAAGUCCCCGACGUGCAAAGCGCUCAAGUUUCUCUUGGACCAUCCAAGACGAUGCUUCAUCACCCUAUUCCCAGCGCACCAGACGUGGCUCCUUCUCUUUGUCUUAUUCCUCAUGAACAUGGUGCUGUUUGUCGGAGAUCUGGUCCUUAAUAUCGACAAUCCCGCGACGGACGCAAUCCCGGUCGGAACGAGAAUUGCGCUCGCGGUGUUGUCUUCCGGGGCAGUGCGCAGUGCCGGCUUCCAAGCAGUCGCGGUUUCAUCGCUGACACCGGCGACCCAAGUCUUGUACGUUAUCAUGAUGUAUAUUGCUAUUUACCCCAUCGCCAUGAGUGUGCGCUCCACGAAUGUGUACGAAGAGAAUUCACUUGGAAUCUAUCCCGAUGACGACGACGACGACAAAUUUAACGAGAAGACGUUAAAGGUGAAGGAGAAACGCGUGCAAAUCUGGGGACGCCACCUCGUGCGCCACGUGCAGAAACAGCUGUCAUUCGCGCACCAGACGUGGCUCCUUCUCUUUGUCUUAUUCCUCAUGAACAUGGUGCUGUUUGUCGGAGAUCUGGUCCUUAAUAUCGACAAUCCCGCGACGGACGCAAUCCCGGUCGGAACGAGAAUUGCGCUCGCGGUGUUGUCUUCCGGGGCAGUGCGCAGUGCCGGCUUCCAAGCAGUCGCGGUUUCAUCGCUGACACCGGCGACCCAAGUCUUGUACGUUAUCAUGAUGUAUAUUGCUAUUUACCCCAUUGCCAUGAGUGUGCGCUCCACGAAUGUGUACGAAGAGAAUUCACUUGGAGUCUAUCCCGAUGACGACGACGACGACGACGACGACGACAAAUUUAACGAGAAGACGUUAAAGGCGAAGGAGAAACGCGUGCAAAUCUGGGGACGCCACCUCGUGCGCCACGUGCAGAAACAGCUGUCAUUCGAUAUAUGGUGGCUUGCGCUGUCAUUGUGGCUAAUCUGCAUUGUGGAGCGCAACGGAAUCAUGGACCCGUCGAAGCCCUGGUUCAACGUAUUUGCAAUCUUAUUUGAGAUUGUCUCCGGUUAUGGGACCGUGGGCCUCAGUUUGGGCAUUCCUACAGCGAACUACUCACUCUCGGGAGUCUUUCACAUCCUCUCCAAACUGAUCAUCUGUGCUGUGAUGCUGCGCGGACGGCACCGCGGCCUACCCGUUGCACUCGAUCGUGCGGUUAUGCUCCCACACGAGUUCAAGAGGCGAUACGAAGAUAGUGAGGCUGCUCAGGCCCAAGCGGCGUCGCCCCACCAGAUAGUGGGCCAUCUGCCUGAAGAAUCUGUCGGGGCGGGGGCAAUGGGGCACAAAGCUGACGGUAGUUCAGCGGAAGAUUCGGAAAAGACUGUUGUAUGAGACGCUAUUGCGCCGCCUGGCUGUAUUCAGACAUUUGGGCUAGUGUGGAACAAGAGGUAUCACACCUGUACACCUAUCCGUGGUGACGAGCAACCUAAUGUAACAACGUGCUGUGUUAGGUUUAUUCAUAAGCCUAGCUAAAUACACCUGAACUGUCACAGCAGUUCAAAGCAAAUACCCAGGGCGAAAUGUGGCAAACAGCUGCGAGUCCGCCUUUGUCCUUUUAGCGCGUAGUGACCUUCCUUGGUCUUCCGGUUACUGUUACAGGCCUCUCCGAUGGCUAAGGCGACAUCCAUUACAGGUUCAUUCUACACACCAAUUUUGUAGGCAACCCGCUCACGAUUUGGGCACCCUCCGCUUCACUCUUCGGGUGAUCACAUGGUACCGUCAAUUAUUCGCCGAUAACGCGUGCAUGUAGCUUGUGCGCUUGGCAGAAGCUGUCGAUAUCGGGGGUCAGCUGUACGUGUCUUGUGGUCA